GGGAGGUCAUUGAUAUUCCCAAUUCCGGUAUUCGAUUGGCAGCCAAUGGUGAGACUUUGCCUACCCUACCCAUGUGAGACCUGAAUUUCUCACACACACACACACACACACAUACACACACAAAGUUACCGAUGAUAUUGGUAGUUGGGUGAAUAAUGUACCCGCAAGCAGAGCCAGUGGAAGGAUCAUGAAACAACGGAGGAGCUGUUGCUUGUAAAUGAUAAGUGAUAGGCAGGCGGAAUGCCCAUUCUCGAAAAUCGGUGCUGUACUAUGUGGUUCAUUCACGCCACUCGUUUGCGAAAUUUAUGCAAGCUCAGAAUGCAGUGGUAAGAUUUCGACAUUUAUUUUCUCAUUGUAUUAUUAUUGCAGAAGUGACUGCUCUUGAAUUCUGCCCAAGCAGGCGGCUACUUCGUCGUUGAAGCCGGAAUCGUGAGUAAGUGAUCCAUCCGUAGAUAUAAUUAUUAUUAAUGGAGGAAAGACAGUCAUCGGUAACUUAUACAGUACUGUACUCCGUACAUAGUAUGAAAUUGGAAAUAAUACCCGGAUACAUACAUACCCAUACCAUACAGGCUGUCAAUACGCAACCGUAUCAGAAUCGCGGUAUUGGUACGGUACGACACAGCUCACGAUCUUAUGCACGACGACGUCGACUGGGGAAAGCAGAAAUUAAUCCUUGAUCCCACUGCGAAAACUGCUAAAAAAACUAACUAUUCAAUCCCGCUGCCAAUCCUCUCCGUUUUUAUUUAUUUCUCCCUUGCUGCUGAUUUUCCCUCUCCUCCAUGUUGUGCCUCUGCUGGGCUCAAGAUACAUCUGCUUCCUGCACCCUCCAUCGCUCCUUACUGUACUUUCCUAGCUCUGUCGCGCACGCAUAAGUCGACCCCGCGACCCUUGCAGCAAACACCGCCAAAAUAGCAGCGCCUCCUCGCCGUGAUCGUCGAAACAUCUACCCCGUUUGACCAAGACGCCAAAACCCUCCUCCCUUUCCUCCAAGAACUCACCUGCAUAGCUCAAGCCCGUGGACUGCAUUGGGAGCUACAACCAUUCGUUGAGAGCCGGCUCCAGCUGCUCUCCGACGUAUCAAUCCCUGACACCCUUAUUUUCGCGCUGCAAUAGCUGGGCGCACGCCGCCUCAGCGAGUUUUCUGGGGAUUGAGUCCCUGUUCACAAAGACCUAUCUGGAGACUGGUCAAAAUAACUUUGCAGGGCCCGAAACUAUAGGCCUUGUGAGAGAGCUGCUAGCUAGAUAAAAGGAGGGGCCUUGGGCUCUCAUUCCUACCUCCAAUCUCCUCUCUCCCGCCAUCAACGCUUCAUUUUUUCCCCAGCGCUCCUAUUUUUACCACGAGUGAAAGAUACUCAUACUCAGCCACAAAGCAUUUUUCUCUGUGGCGAUCUACAAGCUCGAUUGGAUACCUUGCCGCCUCCCCUUCUACCCUGCAGAUCAACUGCCGCCCUAUCAAAGAAGAGCCCCCCCACAGUCGAUUCUGUCGACCGCGAGAAAUUACGCCGGAAGGUAUAAGAGGAGGGCAAAAGCUAAGCAAACCUCGAGGCAGAACCGGGGACAAGCACAAGCGAGGUGAUAAAGGCAACAAACGUUUGCUUUUAUUUUCCCCCUCCUUUCAAUUUGUUUUUUAUAAAAGAAGAGCAGCUGUUAGAGGUCCGGGUGCCGCUCAAACCGAACAGUAGGCGCCAAAUCAUUCGCAAGCAGCCUCUAGAAGAUCAUUACGCAUUAUAUUGCAGGUCAAUAUGCAGGUAUCAAAAUUUCGGCAAACUUGGUAGGCACGCCUUUGAUACAACGACACUCAAUCGCUGCCCUCCUUAACACGCCAGCCAGUCGAACUGCUGCUUGGCUUGUUCGGGAAACAAACCAGAACAACAAUACGGUUGGGCCUCUUACCUUUUCUACACCACUUCAUUCUCAUUUAUUUGCCUUGCACAGCCAUCAACGGCGACGAUUUGAAGUUUGGUACACCUUGAAAAUCAGCCGCUCAUCUGUAGUCCCUGCAGAGUCUCGUGCGCCAGUCCUCGCCCCACUUUUUAUAACGGCUGUCUGUAAUGGCAUCUGGCGGGUGGCCGUCCCCCUCUACCUUAAAAGACAACUCCCAUUCUCGAUUGAACUCCUCCCCUUCCCAGGGCCCCCGCAGAAUUCCCUUUCAAGAUGUUUUGUCUUCUUCGACCCUUAGUUCAACUGCUCCCUCAGUUUCCGGAUUUGGUCCUUCAGGGCCAUCAAAAAGUUCUCCUGGCCUUCCUACUCAUUUCUCAAGCGCGCCUAGUCCUUCCACUUUCUCUCUCAACGGCUCAGCCGAUUCCUCGCGGGAUCCUGCCGUCCGCAAUACAUUCAGCCCGACCUUUGCGCUUGGAUCUCCCCUCCCCCUUGAACUUCCCGAGAGUGUUAUGGCAUUUCCUACAUACCCCAAUGCCCCUCCAUCUGGUAUAGAUGGUAUCGGGAACAAUGCAACUUCCAACAAAGCUCCUGGGCUUAUGAGAAGGCUAUCUAGAGGAACUGCAAACAAACUGAGUCGGCGGAGACAGUCGACAUCUCACCAUGACAAGCGAGACAACAGCUCUGGUCCUGUUAUUAUGCGCAGGAGAAGUGACAGCAAAACUGGGACGACAACAUCUCGGGAUAGUGGUCUGGAUUCAAGCUAUGAAGAAGAGGAAGAGGGUUGCGGCACGUGGUGUAAGCCUGAAACAAAUAGUACCACCAAUGGAUACAAUAUGUCCGGCACUGCCACCCAUACGUGCACUGCGCCCGAGCUGGAUUUAAUUUUGCAUCGUGGCUCUCCUCUGACCAAAGUCACCAAACAUAAGAGAAAGAGAGUUACAUUUUUCCUCGAUUUACAUGCCGCCAAGGUUUAUUGGGAUUUGUCAAAUCCGGCCAAGAGACUCUAUAUCGAUGAUAUUAAGGAAAUACGCACAGGUCUGGAUGCUCGUAACUACCGGGAGGAGCAUGAUAUCCCUGAGAAUCUCGAAAAUUUGUGGUUCACGAUUAUUUUCACAAAUCCUGAGCAGUCCAAAAACAAGCCCAUAAAAACCAUGCACCUUAUCGCCCCGAAUGAAGCCACUUUGGAACUCUGGACCAACAUCUUGGACGAUAUCUCUAGAUAUCGUAUCGGUCUCAUGGCUGGCUUGGCUGGAACUCAAAGUGACACUGUCUUAAAAGCCCACUGGCAGCGUGAAAUUUCUCGGCGGGUGCUAGAGCCUGGCGAAGAAUCUCUUGACCGGAACGCUAUUGAAGCCUUGUGUCAAAGUUUACACAUCAAUUGCUCUAAAAAUAUGCUGCGCGCUCAGAUCACAAAAGCAGAUACCGAAGGCAAAGGCCGUUUGAAUUUUGCACAAUUUAAAGACUUCCUUCAGCGACUGAGAGACCGCAAGGAUAUCCGAGAAAUAUUUCGUUCUGUCGCAGCAGACCCCGUGCAGGGGCUAACACUGGACGAGUUCCUUCAUUUUCUUCGCGAAGUUCAACGCGAAAAUGUGGAAGAGAAUAGAAACUACUGGUGCUCAACCUUCGAAUCCUUCUCCCGCAACUCCAAACAACGGCCAGAACCACGAAAUUCGCCAGAUUCUCGGAUGGACUUGGACGCUUUUUCGGCUUUUUUAAUUUCUCCUAAAAAUAGCGUACACCUAAUACGAUAUUCCCCUCCAAAGUUUGAUAGGCCCCUCAACGAAUACUUCAUCUCGAGUUCACAUAACACGUAUUUACUCGGAAGACAGGUUGUUGGGGAAUCUAGCACGGAAGCCUACAUCACCGCUCUUCAAAAUGGUUGCCGCUGCGUGGAGAUUGACUGCUGGGAUGGCGCUGAUGGUCGUCCCACUGUCUCACAUGGCCAUACCAUGACGAAAAGUGUUUUAUUUGCAGACUGCAUUAAUGUUAUCAACCGGUAUGCUUUUCAAGCGUCUGAAUACCCAUUGAUACUUUCGCUUGAGGUUCAUUGCUCCCCAAUCCAACAACUAGCGAUGGUGGAAAUCAUGAAGGAGACAUUUGGAGACAAGCUUGUUCUCCAGCCUCUCUUGACCAACUGUCCGAUCUUGCCUUCCCCAGAUGACCUAAAGCAUCGCAUCCUAAUAAAAGUCAAAACCGCGGACGAGGAGGAGCUGUUGACCUCUUCUCAUACACACACUACGGGCCGCAAGCGCAGCUCAAGUUCGCCAUUUAUUCGGCAUACUCUCCCAGAGAGCAAUAGUAUAUCGAUGCCCUUUUCACAGACAAGCCAUUCGGUAGAUUCUGGUAGCUUGCCAUCUUGGACCGCUGGAAGAAGAUCACUUACCACCACAAGCAUCAGCAGUGCAUCCGAGGACAGCGAUGUUGGCCAGCUCCUAACAUCGACGAGGAAAGAAAAAAGAAGACAAAAAAGUCGAAUAACCAGAGAACUCGCUGAGCUUGGUGUAUACUCCCGGGGAUAUAAGUUCCACAGCUUCAAUUCUCCGGAAAGUAAGAGGUUUAAUCAUGUAUAUUCUUUCGCUGAAAAAGCCUUCGAACGGUUAUGUGGAGACUCGGAGAACAAAGCACUGCUCGAAGCCCAUAAUAGAUCUUUCAUUACGCGCGUCUACCCAUCGAAAUUUCGCGUUCGCUCAUCAAAUUUUGAUCCGAAUAGCUUCUGGAGACGAGGCGUGCAAAUGGUAGCAAUGAACUGGCAAACCUACGACGUCGGUAUGCAGAUGAACCAAGCAAUGUUUGCUUCUGGCAGCGAUCAGACUGGUUACGUUCUGAAGCCGGAUAGUCUACGGACAUCCCCCUCUCCCAGGUACAUUGCUCUAAGUUGCGACUCAAAACCCAAGGUUGAUAGGAAAUUAGUUACGUUCACAGUAGAUAUCAUAUCCGCACAGCAACUGCCAAGGUUAAAAGGAAUGGGUCCCGACGAUAGUAUCAACCCCUACGUUGAAAUUGAGCUGUUUUGUGCCGAUGACAAAAAGAAAGGUCUCGCAUUCGGCGAAGGCGGUGUUAAUACUUCUGCCCGCAACGGCAUGUCUGGUAUUGGUCAACCCCAUCGCCGUCGGACAAAAAUCGAACAGCAGAAUGGCUACAAUCCAGUGUUUAACGACCAAUUUAAACUAUCCCUAGAGACAAAGUACCCCGAUCUCGUCUUCGUCCGUUGGGUCGUCCGCAACUCCCCCGACGGACGAAGUUUUGGUGGUAACAACAGCGUGCAGCCUGCCACUUUUACCGCAAAAUUGAGUAGUCUCUUACAAGGGUACAGAUAUCUACCUCUCUAUGAUGCGAGCGGCGACCAAUAUCUAUUCUCGACGCUAUUCUGCAAAAUCACCAAAUUCGACCCUGUUCCAGUCCGGCGAGCUGGUUUCGAAGGGUGGAGAGGGGAUCAGAAGGGCAUAAUCAGGCAAAUUAGACACACAUUGUCAAAACGCACAUCACCUACCGAGAGGGACAAGGAGAGGGACAGUGAUCGGGAUCGGGGGAAGGGUAAGGACGCACCUCAAAAAUCAGAAGACUCUCAUCCCCGAAAUAAAAGGUCUUCUUCCACCGAUAGCUCCUCUUGCACUAUUCCAUCUCUACCAUAACAGAUGAAAUGGAAAUCGCGAAAAAGCAAUUUUCGCCAUCUACUUUCCACCCCCAAACGGUGUUUGGGAAUGGGUCUCAUUGGACUCGACUGGCUCGACUCUUCAUUACACAAUCCUUCCAUAGACGAUACACUUGACGACACUUGACGACAUGCAUAAUGCUAGCUCAAAAUUAAACCGGAAAGGCGUUUUUUUCCCUUUGUUUUCCUCUCCUUUUUUGCCUGUGAAAUUAUUUCAGAUUAGGAAGUUUGACAUCAAAUCUGGUAUCAAUAACAUUACUUCGAAGCUUCAAUUUGCAUACUACGGGAAAGAUACGGAUAGAAUGGGAACACGCUGUGUUUGGCAAGGGAUUGCCUUGCUUAUUUCUUUGUCUUUUCUAUUUUUCUCUCCAGCACGAUUGUGAUUGUCAACGGCCAAAUGUCUCAUUUUAUUUCCAUAAUCAGGCAGUAAAGCAUAUGGGUAAUGAGCUUUCCCUUUCCUUGGUUGUUUUCUACUUGCGUUCAUCAUCCACAUGGAUUGCUGGAGGUUACGUAAACGGUCUUUUGUUACUAUCGUUCUGAUAUCUCUGAUGUAUUGUUAAAUUCUUCUUCGUUUUUUAACUCAUGUGCUAUACCAUACCAUUCCGGAGAAUAGUUUUUUAAGUAUUUACAUUAUUAUGCCAUACUUUCUUUUUUCUGUCCACUUAAGCCCUCUCUAUUUGUUGAACUUGGUUAUUCUUGCUGUUUGAUCUCAUGGCAAGGUAGCUUCGGGGGAAUCGGAGCUGUGGAUGAACAAUACUCAAGGCGAAUAUAUGCCUUUGUAUACGCACGGUCGUACCGAUGAUGUCUAUUCUACUCGUAAACGGGGCUACCGGAUACUUGCAUUGUACGCGCAUUGCCUUAUGAUGCUAGCUUUGAAAACCUUUCGCCUUUUUGGUCAUUCAGACGUCAUUCAGACUAUAGCGGUGCGAGCGUCCACCAGAUCAAACCCCUCGAAUUAUCAUAUUGAAGCGGUGUUAACACAAUUAUUAAUAGCAUUACCAAGCUAACGCGUCGACGCAGUGAUCCCCCCAUCCACAACGAUUUUCUGGCCAGUUAUAUACUCGGCCUGCUCAGAAGCCAAGAAAACCACAGCAUACGCAACAUCAAACGGAUCUCCCAUCCUCCCCAUCGGUACAAGCCUGGUGUCUCUUUUCGACGAAUCCCUCCAAAUCCCCCCCGGCAUACUUCUCCGCCAGCAAUCCGACAAGUGGCGAAUGAAUCAAACCAGGCACUACCACAUUCAACCUAACACCCUUCUUCGCAUAGAUGACAGCAGUGGUCUUCGUGAACUGUAUCACCGCCGCUUUCAUCGCACUAUAAGCGACCUGUGGCUUGCCGAUAUAGCGCAUCCCCGCAAUCGAGGAGACAUUGACAAUCGGACCACCGCCCUCCUGCCCCUCCAUUAUCGGCAACACGUAGUGACAGCACAAAUACACCGAUUUCAUAUUGACGGUCGUCUGGCUGUCCCACGACUGCUCAGACAUUUCCGCAGGCCCCGCAGGCUCCGAUCGUCCGACGUUGUUGACCAAGAUAUCGAUGCGCCCGCCAUAGCGCGCCAGGCAUGCAUCCACCAGCGCUGUCACAUCGGCAUCCUUAGUGACGUCAGCGCUCAUCACAGUGCAUUCACCCGCCUCUGCCUCGAUGCGGCGUUGAGUGUGUUGUGCUACGGAAAGGUGGAGGUCGCAGACAAAUACCUUGGCCCCGUUUGCCGCCAGAACGCGGGCGGCUGCAGCGCCGUUUCCCCACAUGUCUGGAUCACCGGACUGGCCGAUGCCUGUUAGUAGGACGACUUUCCCUUUGAGAUCUGGGUAAAUUGUGGGGUUGAAGGGGGGGGGUUGUCUUUGUGGUUGACAUCAUUCUGGCGAGGAGGGUUGAGGAACAAGGGAUUGCCGUGGAUAACAGAACAAAGACUGUGGCUGUCUCCCCUGAAAUUAUUUGGACCACUAUCCUUUUUCCUUCCUUUGAUCCAGGUCUCUUCUUUGCUUUUCUCCAAUCUUAAAUAUUUUUGGCUCUUGGGAUGGGAAUGUUCCAGAAAGAAGUGUUAUCGACCGCAGUUGUACGAGAAAUAUACAACAACCUCGAUGCAAAUUUGAGUUUCACGACAAAUUUUAGUGCAGGACUGAUUUAUAGUUUGAUCUGUUUGAUCUGUAGAAGCUGGCAUCAGGAAUCGCAGAUUUGUAUGAUGUAACUAGCGGGGUUAUAGCUGGGGCGGGACAGCCGAGUCGAUCUUAUCGGGAUCGGCAGUCUCGGCAAUUCGGUGGCUCAUCCAACAUCGGCUCGGGAAUUUUGGUCCUCCCGCCUUCAGGAACGGGCCGAACCCUCAAAGUGCUAAUUUCACCUAACCCUUCGCACGAUCGGUUGUUAAGCAUAACACCAUCAUUGGGGCAAGGGAUUUGGUGCCCGAUUCCCAAAAGAAUUAUGAGCCUCAAAGCAUAAUCUACGUCAAUAUCCGGAACAUCCUCUAUAUAUAUAUAUGUAUCAUAGAUCUCACCGAAUUUCAAGUUUUUAAACCUGUACAUGUAAGUAUGAUGAAUAGCGAACAAUCUUUGUUGUCAGCGCACGAGCAUUUUAAGAUAGACGCGCAGGGUUAGGUUUAGAAACGUGCAUACUUAAAAAUGGUAACUACGAGCGUCGUUGCUGCCGCCGACGAAAAAUCAGUUGUAUAGCUCAGAUGAGGAAGUUGCGACAGAGACCCGUUGGGAUGGGCCACUUGCAGCCUCA